GCGCACCGGCGGGCGCUUAUUUUAGAUGUUUUCACUUUCGGAGCGACAGUUGUGUUCUCUCCUUCGGCAUCGGUCGCGUCCCUGUUUCUUGUGCGAGUUGAGCGGCGAUUUUUGUUUCCACUGACAAAAAGACGGGGAGAAUGAAUAGCGAUGCUGCAAAGCCUGCUUCGGACGCUUUUGUGAAGAAAUCUCUGGUGUGCUUCAUUCAGCAGGAGACGAACGAAGAUGCGGCAGACAUGAUUGACGAAAUUCUGCUGGCCUACGUCGUGGGUAUUCUGGAAUCGGACAUUGCCGAGGAAGGAUUUGAUGUCUUGGAGUUCAAGGAAAUGCUCUCCGCUUACAUCCCAAGCUUCGACUCAAUAUCGGACACAAAGAUAUCGUCUUGGGUGGGGCUACUCUCUGGAAAAGUCGGAAAACACACUGAAACUAAAAGAACAACCGAAAGCCUGCUCAUUUCACCAAUCAUCUCUCCGGAGAGCAAAGCGUCCAACAAGUCAACACCCCGAUCCCGAAACACGAGUCAGUCAGAAGAGGACAUUGGCAAGCCAAACCGCAUUGCCGUCUGUGAUGAAUCUGAACUGUGCGAUGGUACGACCUUCCGCACGCUCUGCGAGAUGUUCCCGGCGGCUUGUGCACUCGAGGUUCGGCGCUGCCUCAUGGUCGCCGGCGGUGACACAGAGGCUGCCGCGCAACUGCUGCUUCAACGCGAUGCAGCGGUGGAGACGUUGCUCUCUGGACCUGCGCACGGCUCGGCAAAUCCGCGCAGAGAUAAUUCGGCGCUCCCGCUUGGCGACAAGGAGCUCAGGGAACAGAUCUUGACGAGAUAUGGCUACAUCGACCAAGAUGAAGAUGAAAAAGAACAUAGGCCUGUUGCACCAAAGACUGAACCAAAGAAGCUCAUCCGUUACCGGGACAACAAGAUUGUCAGCGUCAAGGGCGAGAAGUAUUCGGAAGUCAAGCGGGAGGAGAGCGACGACAUGAAGCGAACCUACGUGACUCUAAAGCCGGCCCGGCAAUAUAGGUUCCAUUAGGGUUACACAUUUCUCAUUCGCUUGACACUCGCGCACGCUGCUUAGUAGUACGAUGACCAUGUGACCAAUCGGUGCUGCCCCUGCUUUUGCCGCUGCCACCAUCAACGAUGCUAGCGUGCUCGCUAGAGGUCCACGCUUGCACGCUCGCUGUUUCUGUGCAAGGCAAAUCCGUCUGGUCAGAAACAUACGGAUCGGAGGAGUUGUCUGCUAUGGCUGAAGCAGGUGAUUCGUCCGUUUCUGAUCAGAUAGAGCAGAUGGCAGUGCACCUUCGCAGACAGCACAGAUGGGGACGAACUGUGUAUGCGGAUAUCGUCUAAUGCAUAGAUGAAGUAAGCGGAUUGCCCUCUGCUCUGUCUGUGCAGUAACGGGUAGGCCGUCUGCUACAGUCCUAGCAGAAUCAUUGCUGUCUGUUUCAUUUGUGCAGGAGCAGAAGUCUGUGCUAUCUGCACAGAUGUACUGUGACCUGUUCCAUUUGUGUCGUCUGUUAACACACAAACUGUCUGUUUAUAAUGCACAGAUGGGGCUGACGGCAGUGCGUCUAGCACGGACUUCUUUUCUACAAGACAGAAGCAGAUGAACGACCUUUUUCCACACAGAUGGAACAGACGUGAAUCUGACCGUUGGGUCAGAAAUGGACAACUUUUCUGAAGCGUCUGUUUCUGUCUAGCACUGCUGCUCUUUUGACUUAAUGUGUUCUACAUAGCCGUGGAGCCUCCUACUCCACGUGAUCUUGCUGCCCUAGUUUUACUUGAAGGGACAUAAAGUCAUCCUGUGCAAAGCCUGCACCACUUGAAGCAAAUGGUGAGGUGCAGCUACUACAAUCUUGUACUGGCAAAACAAAUUGCCAAGUGCAUUUCCUCCUGAACCUGUUUCAGAAUUACUGACGAAACAAAGGCAGUUCACAUUGCACUUCGCGAGUGCACUAUUGGGAGAGUAAGUGUAGACUUUGUGCUGCAAGUGCCAGAACAAGAGCAGUUCUGAACAAGGCUUUACCAGUUGCAACCACAGGAACGUUCAAUUUCAUUUGAAGUUAACUUUGACUUCAGGUUUAUAGACACAGUUGCACAGCCAUACAAUGCCACCGGUGAAGAAAAGCGCUUGCUUAAAUGAUUACCUGUAAAUCGGUCUAAGCCUUUUCAAGAAUGCAAAAAUUUUAAUUACCUCACAUUUAGAUAAGCACGGGUUUGAAACCUUGCCUUUAAGAAGCCUGUUUGAUGAAGAUUUUUUUUUAAAUCUUCCCAAUAACAAUGAGAGAUGGUGAAAUUCCCAUCUUGCUUGUGGUCGAAGUUCUCCGACGAUGAUACUAAUCCUGCUUGGGCACGCUCUUCGCUAUGCUGGAAACGCGUUUGUUACUUGUUAUCAACUCUCUGAUCAUGAAGAAACAAGCGAACAAUCAGCUACUCGGUCUCAAUGGCAUGUAAAUAUUACGUGAACAAAAAAAAUGUGUGCUUGUGUGUUGUGAGGACUUCCCUGCUCACCAAAAACAACCUCGUGUUCCCCGUUGACGCACGCUACCAAACUUCUUGCACCCGUUCUGUGGUCCCACUAUUUUUUCAACCGGUGUAGCAUCUUUGUUGUCUUUACGUUGGAAACUGAAUUAUUAUGCAAAUACCGGUGCAUCACGAAGCACGUGUGCGAACAAAGCAGCACUGUCAAUGUAACUGUUGCAAAAAAGCAGCGCCGAUGAUGCCGGCGUUUAAUCAUUAUUCAUAACACUAUGAUAAAUGAUCUCUUGAUCUACGUCAAUAAUUGCAAGCUACCUGGAAAUGUGCGACGAGCUGAACUGGAUUAUUAGCCUAAUGCAAGCAGUAGCAGUCAGCUGGCUUCACAUAGCUGCUGAAGAUUUUGAGUGGUUUCGCAUAGAAUUUCUCUGAAGGUCCAGCCUAGACGAGGAGCUUUUGGUUUUAACAUUCCUUUUCUAUGUAAGUUGUUUUGUGAAAUUUUUGCAUAAACGGCUGCACACCAAACUUCUUCCGGUGUGGAACUGGUUCAGAUUGGCUGUUUCAGGAAGCGUAGAGAUAAGUGUGGCAUUAGAGUUGUUUUUUGACAGUGGUUUUGGCACAUGGUGACCUACAUAAAAACCUGUUUUGUCUAAAGACCAACAUGUGGAGAACUAUAAGGUGGGCUAGUUGGUGUUGAUUCAUCUUCAAAAGUGCGCUUUGUGAACACAGGCACAAACGAAAAAAUAUAAGACCUGAGGUAAUGAGCGUAAUUGUGCUCUUUUGAAGAUGAGCCAACACGUGGCUCGCGGCGAAACGAAAAAGUGCUUGCAACCUAAAAGUCUUUUAUGACCAAUUUCAGUGCAAGGCAAGCCAUUGGCCUGUUUAGGUUUGAAGAGUUGAAAAAGGGAGUAAGUAAACACUUUGCGGUGGUCAUCGAGACCGCGACAUAUGCGUAAGUUAGUCACAGUCGUGACAUUCUUCGUGCAUUUUUAAAGGAAAGCUUUCUUUUUGGCCAGUGCAGAUGUGUAAAUUUGUCCCGUUCAGGUUUGUUUCUCACAUUGGAAGAUGUAAGAUGAAUCUUUGCUACUUCGUUUUUUCAAUACUAGACAUUUCACAUUAGUCAUCAUGGAUGAUGAGUGUGCUACGCUGAACUGGCACUUUGCACUUCACGGAAUGUUCGAUGUUAGCACAGCACGUGCAGUGUGCUAAGCCACAUGCUAAGCCGUGUGCUUAGCUCAGAAUUUAGAAUUUCUUUUGGUGUAAAGCUCUGUUCGCUCUCACGAUUGGGACAGUGCUCACGAAAUGAAACGCGGCAAUUUAGGGCUGUGUAAUGCACCUGCCCUCAUUUCCGCUGUCUUAAAUUCAUGUCACCUCAAUGUGACGUUGGCUCGUAGACUUACAUCACAGCUGACAUCACCUUUUGUGCCCAGAUCCAUAGGUACAUAAUGUCGUUAUCUAGGAACAAUCGUGCAUACUAGUUGCUACGCUUAAACUUUUGAUGUCAUGUUUCAUUUCGUGUGCACUGAUCAUAUUCUUUGUCAUCAGCCCUCUAACUUACCUGAACCUAAUAGUAAUCAACUUCUUUCUGUAACAGAAUUUCUCAUUGUGUUGAGUUUCAAAGUUGCGGAUCUCAGUUUUACUGCUAUCCGAAUUCCACUGAUGUACCUAUUUUGUCUGACUUGCCUACAAGUGUCAUUAGCUGUAUAGUAGUUACACUGUAUAUUACCUUCAUUUUGCAUCUUCUCACUGCGUCUGUAUAUGUUGCAAUAUCUUUAUUAUUAUUUUUAAUUUACGGAGUCUUGCUUCUCGAGUGGUGCAACCCAAAAGAAGCAGCUAGUGUUACGUCCGUUGAGAGGCGACAAUGCAAUACAAGACGGUGUGUGUCAGCCAACGUAAAUUUGCUCGACAAAGCGUUUAUUUUUUUAACGCAUAGGUUGACGAGAUAAAUGUGGCAGCCGCAUUGUAACAAAGCAAUAUGACGUUACCUCGUUGCAUUCCAAUCAAAUUGUGAUGAUCGGAGCUUGUAUGCAGUUGGGUCUUUUGCUGUUUUGUCGAAGUGCGCUGUUGCUGCGUGGCUCGACGCGUGGGGUUUCAAGUUGUGCCAGGAAUGCAACGGGACGCGCUGCUGUUGUCAGUGAAAUACUAGGCGGUCACAUAAUUGACGCAGAGAUAAUAGAUGUUAGUAUUAGAAACAAUGGACCCAGAGAUAACCAAUGUUACUGCGCUGUGUACAAAACAGUUGGAAUGCAGUCAUGCUUCUGGCUGCCUAAGAUGUUACUUGGUUCUGCUAGGCUUCUAUUAAAGUACGCAAGUCAGUGUUGGUAAUUUGAUGAGAAACAUGACAAGUUUAGAUAGUCUUAAGUACUAUUCUUAAUGUCAAAUUCUUUCUUUUAGAAGUUUUUGCACCUUGCUAUGUACUUCACCCCAAAUUUUAUGCCAUAGGGAGCAAUUGUGCUUCUCUUGGUUGGCUACUUUAAACAUACUAGAGAGCUUGUUGUUCAGUUUUAUAAGAGUUCACCGAAUCGUCUUGUGUAGGAAGAUACUCUUGAGGUCAUGUACAGUUUUAAGAAAUUGGGGUUGUGUUCCUUGCUUGCAUUCCUACUGUCAACUCUCCAUCAUGUGAGGCACUUUAGAGCUAUAGUUUCUGUUUUGAUAAUAUACGUCCUGAAGUAACAAAAACAUUUUUAAAAGAUACCACAUUGUGAGCAAGUCAUCAUCGCAGCUACUUUUUGCUGCAACUUGGCAAAAAAAAGAAAAGUUACCAACACUGACACAAGCUACUUGUAUCUGCUAACACUAAAGCAACGCAUACGUACAGUCUACCACAAAAGUUUACGGGGCACAGCAUUUGCAUUGUGGGUUAAUUCCUGCAAAGCCUAGGCACAUAGCGUCAAAUUCAACGUUCCAGUCUGAAGUAACUUUAUGGAGGGAAAAGCGACUCUUUCCACUGCGCUUUUACAAAGCACAAAGUCACAUUUGUUGAGGGAGCUGUGCCCCGUAAACUGUGUGGUUGCCUGAACACUUGCAGAAGUCAACAUGUAUGCGACGAUGUUCUAAACGACAAACCUGCCUGUGCUGUUUACCUGAACUUGAGAAGGUGUCUCUCACGUUUUGAUGAUGCUGCUUCAUAGCUUCCAGUCUUUUUAGUAGAGUGCUGUGUAGCUUGUUAGUUGUGCAUACUUUUUUUAUGCAAGUGUUUUAAAACAUUAACAUGAACAAAAUGUAGUCAUUGCUUUUGCAACACUCAUUUCUCGAGUUAUUUUAAGAUGAAGCUUCACGUCAGGAUGUUAUGUAAAUUAUAUGGGAACGUGAAAAUUGUGUUGCACGGCACCCACUGUACCAAAUUUGAUUGACCUUGUUUCAUUUUGUAAAAAGCUAUAUUCUAGUGUCUGAAAGAAACGGAUUUUUAAUUUAGGUCAUCAGGUUGUCUAGAAAAAUGAUUUAAUACUGCAAAUUGAGUAAAACUGAGGAAUAACGUUUACAGCUGCGUAACUCGGCAACCUAUCAAGCUGAAUGAGGAUAAACGAGAUCAAUUAUGCGCUGCUCUCCAAUGUACCAUGAAAUUGUGAGGACGUUUGUAAUGGCUUCAUUAAGGUGGGGUGAGACUUUGUUUCAUCAAAAAAUUCGAUCUUGAGAUUUUGCAACUAUCUGAUAGAGAAUUUCUUUAUCUUUCAGAAAAUUUAUCACACUUGAGUACUCGCAUUUUCAAAAAUAAUUUCUGGUCCUUUUCCUUCAGCACAUUGAAAGCAAAUGUGGGUGUACCUUGAUGUGGUCUCUUUGUUUUUCUCAGAAACAUUUUUGGAGGUUUGUGUAUCUUUUUUCGGGAACUAGAGGGUAUAAGCAAACGGAAGUUCUGCCCAUAUGUUAACUAGUGACAUUUACAUAACUGGAACUAGAAUCAGUAGCCUAGGUGUAUGUGUAUUUUUUUAGUAUGAACAAAAAAACAUUCAGAAGUAGCAAUUUUCAUACAUCGACAGACGUAAAAAAAUGUUACAAAUAUAGUUUCUAUUGUACGCACACAAUUUCAGUUCCACUUCUGUAAAGCGUUAGCUGUUACCUUUGCACAAAAUUGCAAUGAUCUGCAAUUAGCAGUUUUAAGAAAAAAGGUACAUACGUAGAAAAAGUAAGAAAACAAAAAUAAAAAACACUAAAUACGAUUUGAGACCAAUUUUGAGCUCCACUGCAACCUGUGUCUAUCUUCAAAAUUCUUUGCAAAUCUUAUAGCCAUAGCUUUUAUUACCACUACUGUACAGCCAAAUUUUGAAACUCAUUUUCAAAAUCUCACCCCACCUUAAGACAAUAACAUUCGCACAUAAGCUGUAUAUCUCAUUUGUCCGCUUUACAUACAGCAGAUGAAGUUCACAGAACAGCAGUAUCUGUUUAUUGUGCAGACUCAAAAAUUUCUAAUUGUUUCGUCUUAAAUUAUUGUUUUUGAACUUCACAAACUUCAACAAGCUUUGUAAUAUUUACAAGGGUAUAAACCAAAUUUCUGUUUUUGACAGCAAGUAUGUUCUUUCUCUUGACAAAUUUUCUUCAAGUAGGUCCAGCGGUUGUUCGUUGAUGCUACUUUUCACACGAAUUUGAAUAGAGAAGUCGAAUUUGGCUACAGUAAACUAAAACGUACAGGCAGUACACUGACAACACUGCCUUAUCGCAAGGUACGCUCGAAAUGCUGUUCGUAGUGGUUACGUUGUCAUCGCCAACUGUUGAAAGUGUCUAUAGUUGGUCACAACCUAAGAAAAAAUGUAGGCUCAGCCCAAAGAACCACGGCGCUUGCCAUACACCUGAAAGACAAUCGUGCUAGCUGGUUUCCGCUCGAACCGUAAGUACUUUUUCUUGGCUAUCGUAAAUACUAGGCAUAUGAAUAGUUAAAGAUUUGUCGUUACUACCUAAAACAUUACGUUUGGUUGAGCAGUAAUGUCAGAAUCCCUGACGAAAUUUACUAGGACAUUCAUGUUUCCGACAUGAAAUCAGCGACACAAAUGUGUGUUUGUAUGGGAAAGUCAACUAUGUGAAAUACUUGUUGCAGGAAAAUGAGUAAGUGCUAUUGGAUGGAGCACUUACUUAUGCACUUUGGGAGGGACAGUGAUGGCUGCGGGUGGACAGGACCUGCUGACAUUUCUUUGUUUAGGUUGUAACUGACUGUAGCAAGCUGCUGCACCAGACAACUGUAGCGGAGUGUACGUUUCGUCAGAUGCCAGGCGUACAUUUCAGACUGGGCAGGCUACUCCACGACGAGCUUUCAAUAGUUUAGCGGCUGCAGCGCUGCCUCUUCGUGCAGCACGGAAUGUGUCGGGUGUAAUUGCACCAUUCAAAAGUUCUAGUACACACCAUCCUGGUGCCUGUGUGAAGCUUCUUCUCAAAUCAAGGGAUGGUGUACAGGGCAUUGCUCACGGUGUACAGGCGAUUGUGUUGCUGCGUGGACUUCUCGGUGUUGGUUCAUUUUCGUUUCUUUCCUUCUCCGUCACUUCUCCAAAGAGUUGUACAUAAUUGUGCUUGUGAUGUGCAUAAAAUAAAUGUGUCUGUAUUUAUGGAA